GAUUGAGUGCUUCAACGACUAUUACCGAUGGCCGAUGGGCGGCUUACACAGUCUAGUUUCAUCAUCCACAAUUCCUCAACUCAUCUCACUCUCUCGCUCCGUUAUCCUCCGCCGGCGCCGGUGCCUCUUGCCGGAAUCAAUCCGGUCAUCGUCCUCACCAAGCUACACUAUCAGCACCAUGAGCAACGACAAGAACCAUACUGACGAUGUCUUCGCAACUGUCUCUGAUCUAGAUCAUGUUUUCAAACAGAAGAAAUCUCUCCGUUCUAUUGUUAAGAAAGAACUCAAAGACAUGGAUCUAUCUCAAAGACUGGAUGAAGAUAGAUUGAUACAACAGAUUGUAUUGGAAGCUCCUUGGUUUAAAUCUUCAAAGAGAUUAUGUGCAUAUAUAAGUUGUAAACCUUUAAGAGAAGUUGAUACAUCGAUUAUUCUGUCAGAGAUCCUACAAAAUCCAUUAUAUGGGGAGAAGAAACUGUAUGUUCCUCGCGUGGAGGACAAGAAUAGGAAUAUGCGAAUGCUUAAUAUUUCAAGCAUUGAUGAUUUGGUUGCUAAUUCAAUGAACAUUCUAGAACCUUUACCAAUUGACGCCGAAGGAGUUGACCGUGAAGAUGUAAUGCUUGCAAAUGAACCGGUUGACUUGCUUCUUUUACCAGGGCUUGCAUUUGAGAAAUCUGGAAAACGGCUCGGUCGUGGUGGUGGCUAUUACGACACCUUUCUGAGCAAAUACCUGGAACGUGCAAAGGAAAACAAAUGGAAGCAACCACUUCUUGUUGCAUUGUCAUAUUCGCGACAGAUAAUGGAAGAGGGUGUUAUACCGGUCACUUCGACAGAUGUUUCUGUUGAUGCACUUGUGACUCCAACUGGUGUUGUACCAAUUAGCUCGAUUGCCUUGGAGGAGAUGUGUAUUUGAGAUGAUAUAAAUAUUGUAUGUUUCAAAUAACUUUUAAAGAUUCAUUCUCCUUAAUCUAUUCUCAAGAGUUUGUCCAAGGUUUGAUGAACAUGCCUUAAUACAUAGGCUUCUAAAUGUUGUUUUGAUUUGAAGGCAUUGGAUUUGCAUUUUAUUAACUCUUUUAUGUAUUAUUGUGUGACAAUCAUCCAACAAUUGAUAUUAGUAACAAUUUUAUCUAGUAUAUUGAACU